UCAAAGUGAAAACAAACAGAGGACUUACGUAGCAUCCAAUGGUCAUGAUGCGAGUCAGUAUUUACAGUCACAGUCAAGCCACAUGUUUUCUUGGGGACUGAAAAAGACAGCUUCCAUGGGCUUUUCAUCUUGAAACCUUUCUCUCAUGUCAAAAAGCACAAAACUUGCUUCCAUUUUCGCCGAUCUUGAUAAUACGGCACCUAAAGAUUAUGAUCCCGAAGAUAUUCUUGAGCCCUUGAACGAUCAGAAUGACAUUAGUGAAGACGAGGCCGAUCAACAAGAUUCUGGUGCUCGCGAUCAUUAUGUUUCUGUAGGUAAAAGUAAGCUUCGUAACGAACAACCUUUAUUGGAUGAUCCUCGUUACAGUGGCAAGCGUACCAGUCGUAAAAAUAUUUAUUCUGAGGACGAAGAAGAAGAUGAUGACGAAGAAGAAGAAGACCAAAGUGAUGAUAUGAGUGGUAGUGGUGAUGAUAUCAAUGAUGAUGAUGAAGACCUACUUGCCAAAGCACAUACAUAUAAAGAUGAUUUUGAUGAUGAGGAAGUCAAUAGUGACUCUGAACAAGAUAAUGACUCUGAACAAGACAACGACUCUGAACAAGACAACGACUCUGAACAAGACAACGACUCUGAACAAGACAACGACUCUGAACAAGACAACGACUCUGAAGACGAUGUCAAUACUGAAUUGAAAAAGAUUCAAGAAGAAGAAAAGCAAAUGAUUUCUCAAUUAUCCAAGAGUGCACAAUCAGACGUUGAAAAGGGUCAGCAUGUUCGACAACAACUGACACUAUGGGAUAAUUGCUUAGAAAACCGUAUUCGUAUGCAGAAACUUAUGGACGAUGCUAACAAACUCCCUCAAAAGGAUACUUGGGUUGAUUUCAUGGCUAAAUCGCACAUAGAAGAUGAUUUAGAGGCUACAAAGCAUGCAUUGCGUGACAUCAUUGAUGAUUUGAUGGACAUGCGUUCAGAUCUAUUUAAGCAGAAUGGUGCUAUUGAUCUAUCUGAAGUUGACUGUCAUACUCGCAAGAGACACCUUGAAGAAGAAGAAAAUGAUGAUGAAUAUCUUGAUAGUCUAUGGAAAGACAUGACUCAAAUUAAUGAUGUAUUUGUGCCCUUCCGUAAUAGCACAUUAGAGAAAUGGAGUAACAAGGUUCAAGUAGCAGCAGGUGCUCGUUUAAACAAGAAAUUCAAGGCCUUUGAUCAAAAUAUCAUGACACAAAUUCAAGCUACUUUGGCUGAUAAACCUAGUCUAAUCAAAAGAACACAACUACAGAGAUCAGACUAUAAAAUAUUAGGUAAAGUUCAUAUUGAACAACACACAGAAGAAGAACAAGAUACAGGCAAGAAACCUGAUCGUCAUUUGAAUACCUAUGAUGUUGAAAUCUUUGAUGACCAAGACUUUUAUCAACAACAAUUGCGUGAAUUGAUUGAAUCUCGUAUGGUGGAUACAGAUGAUCCAUUGGCUAUUGGUAUGCGUUGGGCUGCACGUAAACAAACAGAACAAAAAAAGAAAAAGAAGGCUGUGAAUAGAAAAGCAAGCAAAGGACGUCAAUUAAGAUUUAAUGUACAUGAAAAGCUACAAAACUUUAUGGCUCCUAUACCUGUGGGUGACUGGCAUGAAAGCAUGAUUGAAGAACUCUAUACUUCUUUACUUGGUCAAAAAUUAGACGGUGAUAGUUUGGCCGAAUAAAAUAGUAGUACAGUUCAAAAUGAUGAAAUUUUGCCUGGAUAUAGUUUAGAUUUCUUUUUUUCAUUUUUUCAUUUUAGAAUAGCUUAAAAUCGCUCUUGUUGAAUAAGUCUGGAC